AUGAGGACGUACACUUCACAGCCUAUCGACAUACCACGCGACUUGAACCUCACAGAGCUGCUUCAUACUACGGCUACAUCAAUACCGGAAUCUCACAUCAUCGCUUCGGAUAGCCUGACGAACCGCAGCAUUACGCUUGGAGAACUUCGCGACCGCGCCGGGAGAAUUGCGCAGGGGCUGAAGGAUGGGUUGAAUCCGCCGGAUCAGGCUCGUUGGGCGAUUGUACUUCCCAACAGCGUUGAGUUUCUGGAAAUCUUCCAUGCUAUCUUAUGGACUGGAGGUGUUGUGAGCCCGGUUAAUCAUGCACUCAAGUCGUCAGAGAUCGGUCAUGGUUUCGCGGUAUCAAGGCCGCACUUCAUAAUUGCGUAUGGUCCCAUUACGCCGGCGAUUCAGGACGCUGUCGAUGUUGCUGCAAAGGAGCUGUCUACGCUAGGAGUGCAAUGGGACAUUCCGAUAAUACUCUCGAUCAUCAAGCCGGCAAGCGGGGUAAAGCAUAUUCCUGACGACUUCAUUGCUUCGUCGCGGCUCGCAAUACCUCACUGGCCGGACACAUCGAAGCGACUGGCAUCAAUACACCUGUCGUCCGGAACAACCGGAAAACCAAAAGGAGUUGAGCUUACACAUCUCAACUUUGUCUCGAACGUACUCCAGCUCGUCGCGCUUGAUGACAAGCACCAGAUGUUCAACAUCUCUUCUCGGACAGUGGCCUUCACGCCGUGGGCUCACAUUGCUAUGACGACAAUGCCUCUAUUUCUUGGGCCUCACACCGGUAUGUUUCAUCACGCAAUGCCGCAGUACAAUAUCGACAAGUUCGGUCAACUGGUCGGCUCCAACCAAGCGACCUCAUUCCAGGGGGUGCCAAGCGUGGUACUCAGCCUCGCAAACUCGGACGUAACGGAGCGAUUUGACUUUUCAAAAGCGCAGAUCAUCAACAUCGGUGGUGCUCCGUUGAAACCAGAGCAGAUCGAAAGAUUGCUCAGGCGAGCUCCAUGGAAACUCAUUCAGGCGUACGGGAUGACGGAAGCCGCUGGCUAUGUGGCCUACCAGGGCUUCGACGAGGAGGUCCCCGACGGCUCGACUGGAAGGCUACUGCCAGGUAUCGAGGCGGCGCUCAAGAAGGAAGGAACAACUGAAGAUGCACCGGAAGGCGGUCCUGGAGAGCUGUGGAUCAGAGGACCCAAUAUCACUCAUGGCUACGCAUUUAAUCCAAAAGCCAACCAAGAAGCUUUCCGCAUGGAAGGCUGGUAUAAUACAGGAGAUGUAUGCCGUUUCGAUACGGAAGGAAGACUGUUCAUCGUUGGACGUACAAAGGACUUGAUCAAGUACAAAGGCUUUCAAGUCAGUCCAUCGGAGCUAGAACAGAUCAUCAACUCACAUCCACUUGUCAAGGAAGCGGGUGUCGGGGCGUUGUGGGAUGAGACUCAGCUGACCGAAGUACCAACUGCGUGGGUUGUAUUGAAGGACGGAGACAUGAUGAGAAGAGAAGAGAUUCGUCGAAGACUUAGAGAUAUUCAGAAGGUCGUUGAUAACCAGGUGAGCGGGUAUAAGAAGCUUAGAGGUGGGGUAUGGGCAGUUGAGAGACUUCCUAGAAAUCCGACAGGCAAGAUUCUGAGGAGGGAUCUGGUCAAGAUGACCGAUGGAGAUUGUUCAUUAGAUGAGGGAAGAAGAUUCGUUGCGAAACUUUGA